GGUCACGUGACCGCAGCAGGAGCAAUGACAUUGUGCAGAACACUCAGCAGCUGUCAAGAGGCUCGUUCUUUAUUAAAAUACCUGCUAUAAAACCUUAGUCAACGUCUUUCAACAUGUCAUCCGCCAGCACGGGUUUUACAGAGGACCAGCAGCGAACAACGCAGCAGAUGCCCUUGGGGACCGACUACAUCCCCACAGAGGAGGAGAAGAAUGUGCUGAGGGAGUGCAACCGGGAGAGCUUCUUCUACAGGUCGGUCCCCUUCUCCGUGGUCAGCAUGGCUAUCACUCAAGCCCUUGUUGCCAGAGGAACUCUGUCUGCUUCUCCAAGAUUUGGAUCUAUACCUAAAGUGGCCUUUGCCGGUUUUUGUGGCUACCUAGCGGGGAAACUGUCGUACAUGAAGACAUGCCAGGAGAAGUUCAAGAGGCUGGAAAACUCCCCUCUGGGAGAAAUCCUCCGCCAGAGGACGGGAGCACCUCCACUUUAUUCCAGCGCCGGCCAGUCGGAGCUGAGUGACCCGAACGCCCAGUCGUUCGACAGCAUGUUCCAGCCCACGGAGACCCCGAGCUCCGGCCGCUCUAGAGAUUACGGACGUGGCUACAGUCCGGAGCCGCCCAUGCAGAUGAGCAGACCCGACGACUUCAGCCUUCCAGCCCAGUCGUAUGACGAUGACGACGAGCCCAAGAAGAAGGCCAUCCUGUACGAGGACUUGAGGCUUAAAAACAGGGAGAACUAUGAGGUCACACUGAUCCAGAAGGCCGACACGAUGCUCAAAGAAUCACCACAGAAGAAGCUGGAAAGACCAAAGAUGGAGGAGAAAAAGAAUAAAUAUGGAGACUCCUGGGAUGAAUGAGCUGAGCUUUGGCGUCACCGAUAACGAAGAACCGGGUCUUCAGUGGCCACUUUUCAUGUACUUGUAGGAGUCUGAUGUUGUAAAUGUGGAUUAAAACACAGAUUAAGACUGAA